CGGUUUGUGUGGAAUCUACGUGCGUACUGUAUUAAACAGGCUUCUCAACCGGAUCCAUGAGAACGCAAUUGCACUAUUACACAUUCAAUGGCGCACGUUUCAGACUGUUGACCACAGACACAGCGUCGUAGUAUUACAGUAUUUGAGUUUGAUCAAGAUAAUUUUGAAGGCACAACCAAGGAUGGAUAUCUCUGGCAUGAGUCCAACUCGUAGUUUUAUCAACCUUGACUCGGCAAGAGAAGAGGACUACCAUCCACAGGAUGGGCCCAUAAAGAUCCAGAAUCCUCAUAUUGCCACCAUGGAGGAAGAUUAUCUCUACCACAUCGCCCUCGGCGACAAGACGCAUGACCUUAAGGAGAUGUUCAAUGAUGUCAAGUUUGUGUGUUUUGGAGGCUCCCCAACCAGAAUGCUGAAGUUUGCAGAGUUUAUGAAGGAGCAGCUUCGUAUCAAAAUACCUGCAGGAAUGACACUGUACAACAUCGCCAACGGAUCUGACAGAUAUGUCAUUUACAAGACGGGGCCGGUGUUGUCCGUUAGUCAUGGUAUGGGCAUCCCAUCCCUGUCCAUCAUCCUGCAUGAAAUACUGAAGCUGCUGCAACACGCAGAGUGUUCGGGGGUUACGCUGUUCCGGAUCGGCACCAGUGGGGGGCUCGGGCUGGAUCCUGGAUCUGUCGUGAUCACCAGCUUAGCGGUUGAUGGUAUCCUCAGGCCAUACAUGGAGGUGGCAAUCAUGGGCAUGAUGGUUCAGCUUCCUUCAUUCCUGGACAAGGAACUGUGUCAAGAGCUCCAGGCCAUGGCCUCGCCGGAUGACCAUUUCCAGACCAUCAUUGGAAAAACCAUGUGUACCCAUGACUUCUACGAAGGUCAAGCUCGUCUUGAUGGAGCUUUCUGUGACUACACUGAGGCAGACAAGAUGCGUUCCUUCGUGAUCCAUGACAAGGGUAUCCGCAAUAUAGAGAUGGAGUCACUUUGCUUUGCUGCCUGCUGCCACAGAGCAAACAUCAGGGGUGCUGUGAUAUGUGUGACCCUUUUGGACCGCCUUCAUGGAGACCAAAUAACCACACCCCACAGUAUUAUGGAGGAAUGGCACAACCAUUUAACUGGUUGUAGCCAGAUUCAUCAGGAAGAAACUGGGUAUCAAGUGAUGAGUGACACUGUUCUACACUAAGGUAUCAUUUGGAGUUAGAUAACAUUCUUCUUGCAGAAGAGGAGUACAAGCUUUGCAGAUCAGGGCCCCAAUCCAAAAAGCGAUCCUAGCCCGAACAUCCUCAGGCAUAGAACAGUGACAAGGCUUCAUUUGCUUUGUGGAGCGGGGUCAAGAGGAAAUUCUUUUAUUACUAGUCUUGCAUGUAAAUGGUUGACAUUAUAACAUAAAGUAACUUUCUUUAAAGCCUCAGGUAGAUGCAAUUCAUUAAUAUUUCAUCAGUUGGUGAGAUGUCAUUAUUUGAAGCUUUUAAUAUUUCUGCAAAACAGCUAUUAUUAAACAGGUCCAUUAAUCUCAAUUUUGGAAAAUGUCUGAAAAUGGCAACUAUUGUGGUGCCUGAUUCUUGCCUAAUGUCCGGUGCAUUAUGUCUUAUAUUUCCCAGUGCAUAAGGAGUACUGUAUACUAGAUGUACUGUUAUUUCUAAGAUGCCUAGCAGUUAGAACAAUCCAAAAAAAAAUACAUUGUCAGACAAUGAA